AAGAAGAACGACUGACUGCGAUGAAAACAAAACGACGAUCUAAUAUUAAGCAUCACAUUUCUAGCAAUAUUGUUCCUUAUUUUUCGAAAAGUAUCCCGAGUAGUGUAGACUAGUUUUAGAUUAAGUUUUUUUCACGCCAAGCUUUGAGUUUAAUAGAGAAAAGCUUUUUUCCUUUAAGCACAUUUAGUAAUAAAUUACCCUAACUAGCCUCUAGCGGUCAGCUGUUAGCUUAGCUUCUGCUCCAAUCUGACUGUUUCGUGUCUGUUUGUGGGUUAGCUGUCGUUAGAACCAGUUCAGUUUAAAGGUGAGACAUGUCGGAAGAUUAUGAAUUCAGCGAAGAUCCGAGCAUGAUGAGGAUGGAGGAAGAUGGGGACGCCAACUGUGACGAUCCCAUGUCAGCCUCUGGAGACUGUGGCCUGAUGGGAGGAGAGGCCGACGGGUCGAAGAUCGAUGCCAGUAAAAAUGAGGAGGAUGAAGGGAAGAUGUUUGUCGGAGGGCUGAGCUGGGACACGACCAAAAAGGAUCUGAAAGAUUACUUCUCCAAGUUUGGGGAGGUGGUAGACUGCACGCUAAAGCUGGACCCUAUGACCGGCCGUUCAAGGGGCUUUGGCUUUGUGCUCUUCAAAGAUCCAGAAAGUGUUGAAAAGGUUGCCUCACAGAAGGAACAUAAGCUCAACGGGAAGGUGAUUGAUCCCAAAAAAGCAAAGGCCAUGAAGAGCAAGGAGCCGGUAAAGAAGAUCUUUGUCGGUGGGCUGUCCCCAGACACCCCCGAAGAGAAAGUCCAAGAGUAUUUUGGUGCCUUCGGAGAGGUGGAGUCCAUUGAGCUUCCCAUGGAGACCAAAACAAACAAAAGAAGGGGCUUCUGCUUCAUCACGUUCAAAGAGGAGGAACCAGUGAAGAUGAUCAUGGAGAAAAAGUACCACAACAUCGGGCUCAGCAAGUGUGAAGUAAAGGUGGCCGUGUCUAAGGAGCAGUACCAGCAGCAGCAGUACUGGGGAGGAAGAGGAGGAUACUCAUCCAGGGCCCGAGGGAGGGGUGGUGGUCCCAACCAAAACUGGAACCAGGGUUAUGGUAACUACUGGAAUCCGGGAUAUGGGAAUUAUGGAAAUUAUGGGUAUGGUAAUCAAGGAUAUGGUGGAUAUGGAGGCUAUGAUUACUCUGGUUACAACAAUUAUUACGGAUAUACCGACUACAACAAUCAAUCUGGUGGAUAUGGGAAGUCACCACGGCGUGGUGGUCACACCAACAGUUACAAACCGUAUUAAAAGUGGAAACCCUCAACUCCUAUUAGCGGAGCUUCCUUGCAGGCCAUGAGCUGACUCCCAGAUACUCUCAGGGCCCGCUCAAUGCGGACCGGGUAUGAGAAGCAUACGCUCUCGAAUGCUGCCGUUUGGUAUGGUCUUCCAACAUCCUGUAUCCGCAUUUCUAAACUAAACAAUAGGGGAACACGUCCAGCUUUUGUCGUCUUUCUUUCCAUUUUUUUAAUUUCUCUCUCUUUUUUAAUUUCUCUGAAACUGUAAUGUAAAAAGUUAAAAUCUACACAUGUAAUUGUCAUUUUUUUACAGGCCCUUACUCCCCCACAAGUAAUGAUUAUACAUAUGAAUAAAUAACAAUUUGCUUUUCAAAGGAUACAUACAGACUUCUCUGGAUUUUCCAGUUCCCUAAUGUUAAUAUAUGUAUUUAAAAUGCUUGUUUCUUUAUUUAGCUAGUAGACCAUGAGCUUAAAGCUGGUUCGUUUUUGGACUCUACCGAGUUGGGGGAUAAAGUGCUUUAAUUUGUGUAAAUGUAUUGUUCCUGUUUUUUUUUUUUGGUUUUUUACUGACAGCGAUGGAAAAGACUCCUCUUUUUCUUUUUGUUAAUUUCCCUGUAACACAUCUUCUUCUUAUAUCCACUGAUUUUAAAAAACAUAAAAAAAACAUACAUACACUCAAUCAAAAUGUCAUAAUUCCAGAAAUUUGCAUGUAAUGCUCUCUAUAAUGUGUAUUUAUUUAUUUUUUAUAAAUCUGAAAGCUUUUUCCAUUUAGUAUUUUGGUUUUUGACUUCCUCUUCUGGAUUUCUAGCUUAAUUGCAAAAUUGUUCUUUCUAUUAUCAUUUUUAAGAUGUAAACUGUUAAAAUAAUUCUCCUCAGCUUGUAAUUCUUACUGCUUUUAUCAUAUAGGGUAUUAAAGACAGGGGAUUCCUAUCUUUCUUUAAGUAAGUCUGCAGAUGGGCGCUCACCUUUAGCUGACUUGUUUCUGUUUGUUUCCUGCAGGUUUCAGAGCGAUUAAAAGGCUGCGGUGCGCUGGUGAAGCCACACAGAUGAUCCAGCAAAGACUCGACUAGUUUAUCAAAGUAUAUGAAGACUGCUUUGACCUACAGUAUAUUUCUCCUGUAUUCACUGAAGUAUUUUUUUUUGUUUUGCUUGCUACAGAGGUUUAGCAUUGUUCACCUUCCUCAUUCUUUCUUGAUCCGUGUUUAAAUUUCUCCAAGGCUGCUUGUCACUCUUCACGUAUUCCCGACUAAAAAGUAGUUUUGGUUUCAAAAAAAGAUCAACAGAGACCAGAGCACAGUUUACCUGCUUUAUGGUGUUCAUCAUCAGUCAUAUAAUACAAAUAUUCUUACAGUUUGACAUGAAUAAACAUACAUUAUGUACAUGUUAUCUAUUGG